CUAAAAAUGAACACAAUUAAUCUCUUGGAUAAGUUGGAACUCCCCGCACAGAUCGGCCUUGAAGGACAGGAUCUACUCUUCCAGAAGAAAACUAUCAUGGAUGCUUACCUUUCUGCAUCUUCAUUAGAGUUCAACAGGCAACUGUUUGGACUUGAUACUCAAACCCAAAAUUUGGGUUUCUUUACUACCAAUGAAGAAGCAAGGGAAGGUGCAAGAGUUACCUCUGACAUUGAUCUGUUUCAACGUUUCACUCCAGAGAUUGAUUUUGCUAUGAAAGUUCCUAAUAAGUACGAAACUAAACCAAUUUUCAACUUAACUAAGAAUUCUGAGAUAAAGCCUUUACCCCAGUUAUGCCAAGAAGGAGCAGGAAGUCAAGUGGAUACAGAGCUUGAUUCUUACACAAAGCUUGAAUCUAAUCCUAAGGAAGAAAAGAAGUCGAAAAGAGGCAAGAGAAAAGUUGAAAAAGGCAACAUCGAAGAACUUGUAGCAGAUGAAAGAAGAAGACUUGUUAAGAAGCUUGAAUCUGGAGGUAAUAGAAUAAUAUUCAAGAGAAGAGUCAAAAAUAUCAAAAAGGAUCCCAAGAUCAACGCAUAUAAUUAUAGAGGAUCUAAAUACUGGGGAGUUUCCAAGAAUAAAUCCAAGUGGCAGGUAAUGAUCACACUCAACCAUUUCAAAGAGUACCAAGGUGGCUUCGAAUCCGAAGAAGCUGCUGCUAGGAUGUAUGAUAAGAAAAGCAUUUGCACAUUUGGCUUAAAGGCUAAAACCAACUUUGAUUACACGAGAGAUGAAGUUCUUAGCAUACUAUCCGAAGAUGAAUCUAUCAUCAUGUAAAUCUCUGGUUGGGUAAAUGCAGUGUUCUGCACUGAAUUGGCAUUGUCCCGACUUGAGGCUGCCUCUACAUACCCACUCAUUUACACCCUACAUACUUACAUUCUUACUCAAUUACAUUGACACUAAUCUGCGCUGU